CAUCGAUCGACUCUCUCAACCGACUAGUUGCCACAAGGUCGAACCCCUCUCUCGUGUCCGAACCCCGAUCUUCAUCUUGAUCAUCACACGAACCUAACCAAGAGGCUCACGCGGCCCUUUCGUGCUCCCCUCCCAUCAUACCAGACCACUGAGCCGCGUUCCAGCAACAUAGCAUUCAGGCAGCCCAUUGUCGAGGCCAGGCCAACCAUCACCUUUCUCCACCCAUCAUGAACGGAUACCAUGCAGAUGCGGGCCAGCCACCUCCGCAGAGCGCUGAUCCGGAAGACUACUACGUGCGACAGCAGCGCAUUGGCAAGGGCAGCUUCGGUGAAGUGUAUCGCGGCAUCUACAAGCCAACAGGUGCAUCAGUCGCCAUCAAGGUCAUCGAUCUGGAGAAUGCUGAAGACGAGAUUGACGACAUCCAACAAGAAAUCAGCAUCCUCAGCCAGCUGGAUAGCGAGCAUGUCACAAAAUAUCAUGGGUCGUGGCUCAAGGGCUCCAACCUUUGGAUUGUCAUGGAAUACUGCUCAGGAGGAUCUUGCUCUGACCUUAUGAAGCCGGGCAGGCUGAGGGAGGACUACAUUGCCAUCGUUAUGCGUGAGCUGCUCAAGGGAUUGGAAUAUCUUCAUGCGCAGGGCAAGCUCCAUCGAGACAUUAAAGCCGCCAACGUCCUACUCUCGGCAUCCGGCGACGUCAAGCUUGCAGACUUUGGUGUCUCGGGUCAGCUGACGGCAACGAUGACGAAGAAGAAUACUUUUGUCGGCACGCCCUAUUGGAUGAGUCCGGAGGUCAUCAAGCAGAGCGGCUAUGACUUCAAGGCGGACAUCUGGAGCCUGGGCAUCACGGCGAUCGAACUGGCCAUGGGCGAGCCGCCAUACGCUGACUUGCACCCGAUGAAGGUCCUCUUCCUCAUCCCCAAGAACCCCCCACCUCAAUUAGACGCCAGCUUCUCCAAGCCCUUCCGCGAAUUCGUCAGCUUCUGCCUGCAGCGAGACCCCGCCAGCCGCCCCUCAGCCCGCGAUUUGCUGCGCCAUCGCUUCAUCAAGAAUGCAAAGAAGACCUCUACGCUCAUCGAACUGAUCGACCGUCUGGCGCGGUGGAGGGCGGAAGGAGGAGAGCGCCAUGAGCACCACGACGAUGGUGGGGAUGACGACGAGGAUGAGGAGGGGGAGGAUGACUUGUGGGACUUUGGUACUGUCAAGAACAAGACGGUCAGGAGGACAGAGCCUACUUUGCCUGUCGCCCCUGCAGCUGGUGGAGCGAGACAGGCAAGCACAGCCUCGUCCGAUACCUUCCUUACGCCCAACACGACGCCGCAGAAGGGCACAGUGCCCCGCAAUGCGACCAUCGGGCGGCGUUUUGGAACAGGAGGUUCGUCUGGAUCGUCUGGAGGGUCAUCGAACGGUGGGACGGUGCGACCGGGUGUAGCACUCGCUCGUCCUGGGCUGUCGGGCGUCACUUCGCAGCAGCAACACCAGCCGGCGUUGCACCAGUACGGCCGUCAGGACCCCUCCGUGCACAACGUUGCCGGGUCAGGUUUUGAGCCCGUCGCAGCGAGGGACUACGGUGGGCCACAGCAACGUCAGACCAGCCCGUCGAAGUCAACUCAGCCACAAGGCUCGCAUGGCCGGUAUCGCUCUGCUGCAGAGGCCUACUCUGCCGCCAUCGAAGGAGGGUCUCGCGGGGGCUCAGGGCGCCGCGCAGCGACGGAGCAUGACAAUGAGGACGACGAGCUGGAGCGUCGUAUCCAAAUGGAAACCGAGAGGAGACGAAUGGAGGAAAUGAGUCUCGAUGUUGACGGCAGGCGCCGCGGGGGUGGCAGCAGCGACUCGGCCGGCGAAGCUCCGCCGCCGUCAGUACGCCAGGUGUAUGGUGGGCCAGGCUUCAGAGGGGGAGACGACUCCCCUGAUGCUCUCGAGGGUGGGGGCAGUAGCGGUGAAGCGUCAGUAGGAGCAGGUCCUCCCAAUGGCAAAGGAGCCGCACCGCCUCCUCCUCAGGACCAAGAACCAGUCACUGCCCUCGACACGGUUCUCCUUCCCGUUCUCGAGCAGCUCUCCCUAGCCGUUUCUCAACAUCACCAACGCAGGGCCAGUGCAGGAAGCUCAGCGCCCACAGAUGCGGACGAAGGAGCUGCGCAACGCUCGAUCCGCAGUCUCUGUGCGGCCCUCGUGGAGUGCGAGAGGAUGACGAGGGGCUUCUCGAACGCCUUUGCGAUUGAAGUCUUCCAUGCUAUGAACGGGGAGGGAGAGGGAGACGAGGGAAAUCAGGAGGAGGCGCAGGGAUGGGCGCAGUAAGGUCAGCCAGGGGCUCGACUGCGCUCGCCACUUCUUCACGAUGCAAGACGCUCCCGCCCACAAAGGGACGUCAUCGAUACCAUGCACGCACAUCAACACGCGAUUCAGCUUCACGCUUCUCAUUCCAAACCCAUGUCUCCUCAACAUCAUUCGUCCUCUCAGCGCUUCUCUAGUCGCACAAGAUCAAUGCCAAUCGCUUGCCUACU